AUGCCCUCCUGGGCCCUCUUGGUGGUCACCUCUUGCCUCCUCCUGGACCCCCCAAACCUGGCACAAGUCACCAACCAAGAUGCCUCCUUGCUGGCCUUGGACUCAGAGACCCUGAACUGUUUUUCUCGAACAUUUGAGGACCUCACUUGCUUCUGGGAUGAGGAAGAGGCAGCACCCAGUGGAACAUACCAGCUGCUGUAUGCCUACCCAGGGGAGGAGCCCCGCACCUGCCCCCUGAGUUCACAGAGUGUGCCCCCCUUUGGAACCCGAUAUGUGUGCCAGUUUCCAGCCCAGGAUGAAGUCCGUCUCUUCUUUCCACUGCACCUCUGGGUGAGGAACGCGUUGCGGAACCAGAACCUGACCCAGCGGGUGCUCUUUGUGGACAGUGUGGGCCUUCCAGCUCCCCCCAGUGUGAUCAAGGCCAUGGGCUGGAGCCAGCCAGGGGAGCUUCAGAUCAGCUGGGAGGCCCCAGCUCCCGAAAUCAGUGAUUUCCUGAGGCAUGAACUCCGCUAUGGCCUCAAGGAUCCCAGGAACUCCACUGGUACCACAGUCAUGCAGCUGCUUUCCACCGAAACCUGCUGCCCAGCUCUGCGGAGGCCAAACCCAGCCCCAGCUCUGGACGAGCCUGCAUGUGCUCAGCCCAUGAUGUCCCAACAGGAUGGACCAGAGCAGACCUCCCCAACUAGAGAAGCUCCAUCUCUGACAGUGAUGGGCGGAAGCUGCCUCAUCUCAGGGCUCCAACCUGGGAACUCCUACUGGCUCCAGCUGCGCAGCCAACCUGAUGGGGUCUCCCUCCGUGGCUCCUGGGGACCCUGGUCCCUCCCUGUAACCAUGGACCUGCCUGGGGAUGCAGUGGAAAUUGGACUGCAAUGCUUUACCCUGGACUUGAAGAAUGUUACCUGUCAGUGGCAGCAGCAGGACCAUGCUAGCUCCCAAGGCUUCUUCUAUCACAGCAGGCCGUGGUGCUGCCCCAGAAACAGGGACCCCAUCUGGGAAAAGUGUGAAGAGCAGGACAAAACUCCAGGAUUACAGCCCUCCCAGAUCUCCCGCUGCCACUUCAAGUCACGAAAUGACAGUGUUAUUCACAUCCUUGUGGAGGUGACCACAGCCCAGGGUGCUUUUCACAGCUACCUGGGCUCCCCUUUCUGGAUCCACCAGGCUGUGCUUAUCCCCACUCCGAACUUGCACUGGAGGGAGGUCUCCAGUGGGCAGCUGGAAUUGGAAUGGCAGCACCCCUCAUCCUGGGCAGCCCAAGAGACCUGCUAUCAGCUCCGAUACACAGGAGAAGGCCAUCAAGACUGGAAGGUACUGGAGACGCCUCUCGGGGCCCAGGGAGAGACCCUAGAGCUGCGCCCGCGCUCCCGCUACCUUUUACAGCUGCGGGCCAGGCUCCACGGUCCCACCUACCAAGGCCCCUGGAGCACCUGGUCAGACCCAGUUAGGGUAGAGACCGCCUCCGAGACAGCCUGGAUCUCCUUGGUGACCGCUCUGCUCCUAGUGCUGGGCCUCAGCGCCCUCCUGGGCCUGCUGUUGCUGAGGUGGCAGUUUCCUGCUCACUACAGGAGCCUGAGGCAUGCCCUGUGGCCCUCACUUCCAGACCUACACCGGGUUCUAGGCCAGUACCUUAGGGAUACUGCAGCCCUGAGUCCGCCCAAGGCUGCAGUCUCAGAUGCCUGUGAGGAAGUGGAACCCAGCCUCCUUGAAAUUCUACCUAAAUCCUCGGAGAAGACACCCUUACCCCUCUGUUCCUCCCAGACCCAGCUGGAUUACCGAGGAUUGCAGCACUCUUGCCUGGGAUCCAUGCCCCUGUCUGUAUGCCCACCCAUGGCUGAGGCAGGGUCCUACUGUACCACUCACAUUGCCAACCAUUCCUACUUACCACUGACCUGUUGGCAGGCCCCUCACUCCCAGUAUCCUGGAGAGAUCCAAACCCUCUAGAUCUUUCUUCCCAGCCUCUCUUUCCACUGCACCCCACACUAUAAACACCUCAAACCUCACCUCCAUCCCCCUUGUUGACCCUCAUAGCUGGGCUUCACAACACUGAUUUUUCAGUACGGCUGCUGACAUAAGUCUUUCCUCAGACAAGGCUCAUUUGACUAAGCUCCUCUAAUUUCCACCUUCUUUCUCUCUCCUCUUUAAUGUCAAACUCCUUGAAAAGAACUCUUCACCUCCCGCUUGUCAUUUGCUCUUUGGACUACUUCAAUUAAUUCCCCUACUACUAUCACUUUGCUAAUGAAUCUGCUUAGGCAUCGUUCACCUCAAACUUUCUAAUUGCAAGAUCCAAUAGGAUCUUGUUACCCCUCCAUUUAUUGAUCUCUCUGUGGCAUUUGUCAUCGUGACUGGCUGCUUCGCCUUUAAAUUCUCUCCUACCUUGGCUUCCAUAACAUCGCCGUCUCCCCUGGCUCUGCUCCUGCCUAUGUGAGUAUACCAGUAGUUAAGCGCAUAAACUCUGGAGUCAGCACCAGAUUCAAUUCCUGUCAUCCUACUUACUAGCUGUGGGCAAAUAAAGUCUUCGAGCCUUAGUUUCUCAUCUAUAAAACAGGGGUGACAGAACCCUACAGAGUUGUGAAGACGAUUCAGUGAGAUAAUCUAAAUAAAGCACAGUGCCCAGGACAUAGCAAGUGUUUAAUAUAUCUGAACAAUCAUAAUUAUUCCUUUCUGUUCUCUUAUCCUGGCAUCUCUUCUGCUCCUUAAUUAUGACAGUCUCUCAAGAGUACAUUCUUAACGCAGUCUCCAAUCCCAUCCAUUCUCAUUGCCCUUAUUCUAUGCCAACCAUUCCAAAGUUCUUGUCUCCAGCCCAGACUUCUACUACAGCACCUGUGAUGCCUUGUAUCUGUCUCCUGCUACUAGAUUGUGAGUUCCUUGAGGGCAAGGGCCGUGAUUUAUUUGUCUUUACCCCCCAGCACCUAGAGUAGUGCUUGGUGCAUGGUAGUAGGCCUUCAAUAAAUGUUUUCUAAAUGAGUGAAAUCUUCCUGGACACCACCACCUUAACUUCAUGCUAACCUUCCUUAUCCUCUGAGCCAUUCAUAUGCGGCAGUAAAAAUGCUUAGGCCACUCUGGCUGUGGAUUCUCCUGACCCAUUCAAAUUCUCAAACAAAUGUUUUAUUUUGUUUUGUUUUUGUU